AUGGCACCGUCGUUAUUUAUGUCCGCUCGGCCUAGCGCAAUGAUAGCUACUGCUCAAAACUGCCAUGAUUUACAAGGCCAACAAUGGCUUUUGUACCGGUCACAUAGGGCGAGACAAAUUGCAUUGCAGUUUCAAAGGUCACAGCAUUCCCUGACUGCUAGUGGGAAACCUCGAACGGAGGUCGCCCUACCCAGCGAGGCUGUCCCAUCUGGUGCGGCACAAUAUGCGCUGUUUUAUGUGAUACCUAGGACAACCCUCGAUCAAGUUGCGAAUUGGGCCCGACAGAGCUCCCUAUACCCGAUGACCUUCGGCCUUGCCUGCUGCGCAGUGGAGAUGAUGCACAUGGCUGGUCCCCGAUAUGAUGUUGAUCGCUUAGGUCUUUUAUUUCGAGCUUCGCCAAGACAGUCGGACUUGAUGAUUGUCGCGGGCACGGUAACCAACAAAAUGGCACCUGCACUUCGGCAGGUCUACGACCAGAUGCCUGAGCCAAGAUAUGUCAUCAGUAUGGGAAGUUGCGCAAAUGGCGGUGGUUACUAUCAUUACAGCUACUCUGUCGUUAGAGGCUGUGAUCGGAUAGUGCCUGUAGAUGUCUAUGUUCCCGGAUGUCCACCGACUUCUGAAGCUUUGAUUUACGGGAUCUUCCGCAUUCAGAAAAAGAUAAGGACAACUCAGACUACGCGUAUGUGGUACAGACGAUAG